UUUUAAGUCCAAUGUAUAAUAUGAACGAUAUAAUUGUAUGUUACUGUAUUUUAUAUUGUAUUUUUGUUUUUCUAAUUAAAGAUAAAAAAAAACAUAUAUAACGUAGUAAAAAAUCACUUAUUUGCUUAAGAAGAAAUAAGAAUAUAAAGUAGUACAAGAUGAAGUAACAUAAAAUACAUGUGUGUGUCAAUGAAGCAUAAUAUAAAUUUGAAGAUAUUCGAAGAACAUAAUUAAAGAAAAAAGGAGGAUCGAUGUAUGUUGUUAAUAGAUCUUCAUGAUAUUGAGCAUCAUUCAUUCAAUGGAAUAGUGAGAUCUUUUUUAAUAAUCAUCUUUAGGCAGAAGAGAAAAAAUAGAACACGGAUAGAACAAUGAUAAGGUUAUAUCAGUGUACGUUUUAUCAAAUUUGACAUAAAUUCAGUGUAAUAAUAAUAAUAAGAAAAUUAUAAUUGGAACGAAAUAAAUUGAGAGAAGAAAAUUAAGCGCGAAGAAAUUAUUGAAGACUAUAUUUCAAUCGGUAUGCCGUGGAGUCAUAAAAAUGUGAUAUUCGCGAGAAUUGGUUCCGCCCUAUUUUACGGGUUAUCUUCAUUUAUGAUCACAGUUGUAAAUAAAACUGUGCUAACGUCAUUUGAAUUUCCUUCGUUUCAAUUGCUUGGCAUAGGACAAAUGGUGGCUACUAUCGUAUUACUUUUCACAGCAAAAAAAUUGCGUUAUAUUGAGUUUCCUAACCUAGAACGAGCAACGUGUAUCAAGAUAUGGCCAUUACCCAUCAUUUACAUCGUUUCAGGCUGGCUAGUUCGAAGAUUUUACAACAGCGAUGUCUCAUCAUCAUUCACGAUGGAUUAUGCGAAACAUCGUAUAUCUCUGUCAACGGUACAACGCGCGAUUUUGACAGUUGGUGCUGCUGCGAUAUCACUUCUCAAUCCUUAUCGAGGUGACAUGAUCGCAUGCUUGGCAGAAACAACCGGUACUGAUGCUCUUUCCUAUUGUCAUCGGCAAAUGCUUGCAACCUCUGAGGGAUGUCGCAUUCUUGCCGAAAAACCACGCAUAUCCUCUUCAACAGUUGAUUUUUCCGCGUUAAAACGAUUACCAGCAGGAACUCUUGGAAAAAUUUAUUAUGAUUUCUUGGAAGUAAAUAAUGUAUCUCCCGAUUCAAGAACUAUGGUCAAAUUCGUCCAAGAUACUGAAUUGGCGUAUGUAAUGCAACGAUAUCGAGAAACACAUGAUAUUUAUCAUGCAAUACUUUUGAUGCCAACUACAAUGCUUGGGGAAGUAUCAGUUAAAUGGAUAGAAGCAUUGCAAUUACGUUUGCCAAUGUGUUUAAACGGAGCGAUAUUUGGAGCAUUUCGAUUGCAUCCAAGGCAAAGAAAAUUAUAUCUUGAUCAUUAUCUUCCAUGGGCUAUUAAUACAGGAAUUAAAGCAAAAUUUCUUUUGGGUAUCUAUUUUGAGGAACGUUGGGAACAACCUCUUGUUGAUUUCCAUCGAGAAUUAAACAUCGUUCCUUUAAUAUCGAUGGAAAAUAUUUAUAAUGAUAUGUAAAGUCUUAUCUCAAACGCUUUUUUCUCUGUUAUAUAAUAACAAGAAUAGAAGUUAUUAGGUAGUAUAUAACAAUUUUUUUAUUCACCGUAACGUUGGAAAUAUGAAGAAUAUAAUUUUUAAUGGAAUACGUAUGAUUUGUAUUACAAAUAUUUCGAUCGCUAUAAUCAGAAAUUUUAAAAAAUUUAUAUUCCUGUGUAUAUAUAUAGUGCAUAUACGCGCGAUACGAUGAAAAGUUGAUUCAUUUACAAGCAAUCAACAAUCUGACUAGCAUCAUAAUGGACAUAAUAUUCUAGUUUUCGGUAAGUAUUAGUAAAUUGAUCAAUAAUUACAUUUUGAGAUCACAUAUCGCAUAAUAUGAAACGAUAUUUGUAAUAUUGAUUGUCCCAUUUGGUUUGUGGUAACGCGCACAAACUAUUACGAAUGACUAAAUUUUGAUAUAAACAGAAUAUAUACUUAAAUAAUAAUUAUUCAUUUGGCA